UUUUUUAUUUCAAAUACAAACAUAAUCAUUUUGGCUAUCAACAUGUCAAGAAGUAAUUUUACUACUUUGCUUAUUUUUUUCCUAUCAUAUCAUUUGGUUUGGACAAAAUCAUCAUCAUCAUCAUCAUGUAAGAAUGGUAAUGUUUGCAUCAAUGGUGAUUGUAUUGAUAAUGAUGAAACAACAAACGACAGCCAUUGUAAAUGUAGGCCAUGUUGGCGUGGAUCACAUUGCGAUCAAUUUGAUGAUCAACAUGAGCCAUAUUUUUCAGAAAAAAUAAUCAAUCUUUAUCUGAAAAGUGAAACGAUCCAUCAUUAUAAACCAAUAUAUAGGGCACAUGCACAUGAUAAUGAUAUCCAUAAUUCGGAUUGUAUCGGUUUAAAUAUUGAAAAUUGUACAUGUGCACAGAUUCGUUAUGAAAUUGUUGAACAAGAUGAACGAAAAAUAUUUCAUAUUAAUUCAACAACGGGAGAAAUUUUCAUCAAUAAACCAAAACUAAUUGAUAAUCAACAAGAACAACAUUACAAAUUGAUGAUCAUAGCAAUAAAUCCAAAUUGGAAUGAUAAAACUAUUGGGAAUUAUAUGGAUAAAAAUUUUUAUUCUACACGAACAUUGACAAUAUUUGUUAAUAUUCAAAAUCAAUUGGACCGUAUCAAACGUGCAGCUGAAUCAGCCGAUGAUUCAUCAGGAACAUCGAAUGAUGAUGAAGAUGAAUUAAAUGGUCUUAAAUUUGGUCUACGUACAUUGGCUGGUGAAACAAAUUCAUUACAAGUGGGCAGUUCAAUACAUUAUAUGUUAUUGAUUGGAUUACCGAAAGGUUCAAGCGAUCUUGUAUUGGAAAUAAAAACAUCAGAUCAGAGUAGUAGUCGUACAUCAUUAUCAUUAUAUAAUUUUUCAAUGCCAUUUGAAACAACCGACAUACAAUUCAAUAUACCUGAAGCGAAAUUUUUCCUAUCAAAUAAAACGGCCAAUGUCUAUGAUCGAUUGACAUUGGAUUUUGGUACAAUCAAAAACAAUGGCCCAGAACGGAAUGAAAUGAUCGUUUGUUUUUCGACUAUAUUAUUUCGCAAACCUCGUAGAGCUAAGAAAAAACAUUCAAUCAUUGUUGGUGUUGAACAUUCUAAAGGAAAUAUGAUAUAUGUAGCCGAAUCGGAAAUUACAACUGUUUCAGUUUCGUCUAAAGAUGAUCAGAUUUUUUGUGACGUUGAUAUGGUUGAAGAGCCUGUAAAAAUUCCUUUGGAUAGUGCAGCCAUUUUUCGAUUCAAUGCAAAUUUUCAAUUUCGUUCAGAUCCUGUUCGUAUUGAAUUGAAUAAAACAUCUUAUGAAUAUGAACCGGACAAUCGGAUAUCAUUGGGACUGAUAACUGUUGCCAAGUUUGGACCGAAUUAUGUAGCCAUGCCUAGCUCACCUCAUCAUUAUAAAGGCUAUCGAAAUUUAAGUGCUUCAUCGCAAUCAUAUACAUUUAGUACAUUGAAUAUGAAUUCAAUCACCAACAAUGGCGAAAAAUCUCGAUUAUUUUUAAGAAAUCCAAACAAUAUUAUCAGUUUCAGUUUUCCAGUCUAUGCAUUGAAUUUUGAAGAAAAUAUUGGAAGAAAUAUGUCAUUUCAAUUGGAUGUUUUUGUCGGUAAACGUAGCUAUUAUACACGAUUGAUUAACAUAACUAUUAUCGGUCGAAACAGUAACGAAAGAUUACAAUCAUUUAUAAUUGGAUCUGAAGCCAAUUUCACGCAAACCGAUUUGAGUAAAGGCAGUUUAACACAGCUAAAAAUUCGAUCCAAGUUCAGAGAUUUCAAAGAUGAAAAUGUUUUUACCGAUUAUGCGAUCACUAUUGAUGGAAUGGCAACACCACAACUACCAUUCAUACCAUGUUCAGCUCAAUUAAUUAAUGAAGAAAUGGGUAUUAAUAUACCGUAUAUUAAUCCGGCUCGUUUGAAACCAGAAAAAAUCGAAAAAAAUAAAUUUGUUUUCCGUUUUGGUAGAAUUAAUUUUAUCCGUUUAGUGAAUCCAUUUUUAUUAGAGGAUAAUGAUAUGGUUGCUGAAAUUACUUUUCGAUUGCCGUUUGAUAGUUCAGUCAAAUCUGGUGAAUAUUCAAUAAAACCAGAACAGAUUCAAGUAACUAGUGGAUAUGAAACAAAACCUGUAAUAAUUUCAAAUAGUCAGCUAAAAAUCUCGUCAUCCGAGGAUGUUGCAAAUAAUGAAACUUCAUCAUCAUCAUCAUCUUCAUCUUCAUCAUCAUCGACAUCAUCAUCAUCGAUAAUCGAAUUGUCAACAAAUAGUUCAGUAAAAUGGUCAGAUUUGAUUGUAGGAGGAGGAGCCGCAGUCGAUAUUGAAUUAGAAUUCGAACCAAAUGCUGCAUUUGAAGAUUUUCGUAUAGCAAUCAAUUCAGAUAUGGCAACAGCUGUUGAUAGUUUACCUGAUUUGAAAAUCUGUCGGUUUGCGGUUAUACGAGUGGCUGAAACAAUGCCUUGCACUUGUGUAGAACGAGAUACAAUCAAUGAAAAACAAAUUGUUUAUGGCUAUAGCAAUGAAAAAUUGACAAAAGAAAAAAAUAAAACAAAUAUUCGGCCAUAUGAUCGAGCAGCAAUCGAUUUCGGAUCAAUUUCAGUUGUAAGCGGUUCGAAAAUAAAGCAAAAAAUUUUGACAAAUUUCGUCAUUAUGAUUUCCGAUUCUGGAACAAAUAAUGGCAAUAGUGAACAACAACAGCUUCAGUCACCAAAGCAAUAUCCAAUUCGAGUUGACAUAAUUUCAAAUUCGGCCUCAGACAAUCAAGAUAACAUUAUCAAAUCAGAGCAAAUAAAUUUGAACAUUUCAGAAUUAUUACCCGAACCGAUUGCAGCCGAUAUGUCAGUCGAUUUGGAAGCCGAAUUAUUCAACGAAACCGAUUCAUUUAUUUUACCCGGCUUUACGACAAACAUUCUCAUUCGUACAUUGACACGACCAAAUACAAUGGGACCAUUACGAAUUGAAAUUGACGGUGAUGAAAAUGAUCCAAAUUCUGCCAUCUCAGUAUGUGGCCUAUGGAUUCAUAGAAUCGGAUAUAAUCUACCCUGUGUUGAACCAAAUCAAAAAGCUGAAUAUGCAUACGAAACAUUUGGGCUUAAUAAACGGGCUAUACUUCAAUUGGAUAUGAUAACUAAUUUUGGUAAUCAUCAUAGAAAAUCUGAACGCGAUGAACAUAAUGAUAAUAGUAUCGAAUUUAUGGCUAUGAUUAGAAUGUUAGAUCAAGCAGAGAAUAGUAAUCAAACUAUACGUAUUAAAGUCGUUUAUGGCCAUAAAGAUAUUACCGUUACUAAACAUUUAAUUGUACCGGUGGGACAGAAACCGAAUGCAAAUGAUGAUCAUUCAUUAGAAAUCAGUCGACGAAAAUCGUCCGAACCUCGUAAAGUGACCCUCAAACCUUAUGGUAACAAUAAAUUGGUACAUCAUGCACGACCAAAGCUUUUCUUUUUCGAUAUUGAACUUGAACGUAAUCAUCAAAGUAAAUUGACAAUUGCUAUGGAUCGAUCGAAUUCCUAUAAAAUGUGUAAUGCUGCAUUUAUUAAAGUAGGCCGAAAUUAUCCCUGCUAUUCACCAUUAUCGUUGAAUGUUCAACCCAAUCAAUUUGAAUUGGGAAUGAUUUGCCAUACAGAUUUAAAGUAUCAACAACAACAAAACCAUAAUAAUUCAGUUGGAAAUGAUGAUGAAAAUAAUGAUAAUUUGCUGAGGUUAGCGUUUGCAAUUCGUCCAACAGAAUCGUUUCCCGAUUCAUUACCAUUUAUUGUGUCUGGAACUGUUCUUUAUGGUUAUCAACAACGUCCAAUGGAAACGAAAAACGAAUUAACUCUUACAGUUGUUUCUAAUAAAGCAAAAAGUAAUUCUAUUUCUAAAAUUUCCGAUCAUUUUCCAAUAAAUGAAGGUGCUAGAGUGGUACCAGCUAAAUGGAAUAAUCGUCCUGAAGGUAUUGGUUUCAAAAUUCGACAACGAAAAUGGAUAACUUUUAGAAUUCGUAUUCCAUUGUAUUCUACUGGAAAAUUAUCAGCAACUAUUCGUGGUCAAACAGAUGAAAAUCGUGCCUAUAUUGUACUUUAUGAUUUGCGAUUAAUUAGUGGUGGUGCUAAUAUUCCUUGUCCAUUGGAUAAUGCACCAAAAAUUCACUUAAAUUCUACCGUUAAUAGUAAUCAAACAAAUUUGAUCAAUGCUGAUCUUGGUUGGUUUGCCAAUUUUGGUUACACUCAUUAUAUUGAUUUAAACAAUAAUAAUAACAACAAUAAUAAUAAUAAUAGUAAUAGUGAAAAAGAUGUUGAUCAAAAUCAAAAUACUGACAGCAACAACAACAACAAUAAUAAUGACAUCAUAAACAUGACAAAUAGCGUUGCUAACGAUAAUGAUCAAGAACAUGAUAAUGCUGAUGAUGAUGAUGCCGAUGUUUUAACGAUCGAAGUAUUGGCUGAAUUAACUGAUCAUCCUUCAUUAACGGAGAAUGAUGUCUAUCGAUUGGAAUUUGAAGCUCAUUAUAGUAAUUUAACUGAUACGAUCACCACUCGUACUGAGGCCAAAAUUCGAUUACUAUCAGAAGGCGACGGACCUAAUCCAAAAUUAGAUGUCAAUAUUCGUUAUAAAAAACGAAUGCCUGUUUUAGAUCGAAAUGAAACAUUUACAGUGAUGGCAACCAUUCGACAUUUACCAGAUUCAAAUGCCGAACCAUCGAAUCCAGUGUUGCGCAUAUUCACACCGGAUUUUGUUGAAAUAAGCAAUAUCAAUUGGGCCAAUACAAAACGAUUGCCAAAAUUAAAACGAUUAGCCGAUGGAUCUACAGAUAUUUUGUUUCCAUGGAUUCUAUUUAAUGAACAAUUCACUGUCAAUCUUACCAUACAAAUUGAUCCACGUAAUAUACGUGGUUAUGGCCGUGAAGAGGUUUCAAUAAUAACACCAUAUCGUAUGUUAUGUCAACAUUUUCGUUUAUCAAGUGAUACAAAAUUUCCUUGCAGCGAAAUGAAGCAUAUGAAUUAUCGAACACAUAGUACUGAAUGUAAUAAACCAUUAGGAAUGUCAGAUGGCCAUAUACAUGAUGAUCAAAUAACAGCAUCAUCGGCUAUUUCACAACGUUUUGCUCCAAAAUUUUCACGACCAAAUUUAUCAUCAUCAUUUUGGUCACCAGCAUGGCGUAAUUGGCGUCAUGGACAUCAUAAUCAAGCUAAUGAACAACAUUAUAUUCAAAUAGAUUUUCAACAAAAAACACGUCUUGUACGGAUAGAAUUUAAAUCGAUCAAAAAUCAACGUAAUAUUCAUAUGUAUCAUUUGGAAUAUAGUUUUGAUGGUAAAGUUUGGUAUCUGGGAUCAAAUUCAACCAAAAUUAUUUAUAACAAUGUUGGUAAUGAUGAAAAUAUUAAAGCAAUUGGUGAAUCAUGGUUAGAAAAGCCGAUCGAAGCUCGUUUGAUUCGUUUAAUUAUAGAUAGUGUUUCAACUAUAACAACAAAACCAACAAAAACAGCUACAAUGAAAAUGAAACAGAAAAUCGAUUUCAAGGACAAUGUUCAUAAUCAAUAUCUGGCUGUCAAAUUUGAACUAUAUGGUUGUUAUCUAAAAGAAUUGGAAUCAUCAACAAGACCAGCAUCGAAUGAAUCACUCAAAUUUCAAACUCAUUAUACGGAUGAUACUUCAAAAAAGAAUCGUCUUAUUUCGAUUGAUCCAUAUACGAAUGUUAUUUAUUUUUGUGAUGCUACUUCAAAUAUCAACAAUUUUAUGUGCUAUUUUUCGGAUUCUGGUGGUAAUUCCUGGCAUAUUGUCGGUAGAUCAAUCGAUUCAUUUGAAGGAUUUGAAUUGGCAUCAGGAAAAUUUUUUGCAAUCGAUUAUGAACGUCCUGCAUAUUUUUGGUCAUCUGAUGGUGUAACAUGGAUACCGAUUGAUUAUCAAAAUUUUAAUAAAACAGUUGAACAUCCAAAAUUUCAACGAAAAAUGACUAUACCACGUUUUGCUUUUGAUGAUCUGAACAAAAUGAAUGUUCGUAUUGGCCAUUGGAGAGCCAAUUAUCAAGGACUAAAUUAUGAAGAUAAUCAAUAUCCAAAAGCAUUAUGGAAUAAAUGUUGUGGUCUUGAAUAAUAAAGAAAAUCAUCAACAAUCAUCACCCAUUCUCUCAAAAACACCUCUCUCAUCUUUGCAAUUUUUUCAUUUGAACCAAAACAAAUUUCAACCAGAAACAUUAACAAACAUUAGAAUAGCUUAAAAACCAUUAUUUUCAACAACAGAAACAAAAAAAAAUUUAUUUUACUAUC